GGUUGUUUCUGCCUAUCACCUCUGUUUUUUGUUUAGUUUUCGAGCACAUUGCUUAAGGCACUCGCAUGACUGAUCGACAACUGCGACACUCAACUAUGUUCGUUCUCCAAAUCCAUUCCGUAGACUUUCCUCAACCGCUUCCCGCCGCCCCUUACUCCCCCGGCGUCUUAAACGCCCCUAAUAAUAUUUCCAAUCUGAACCCGGUUGAGCAACGGGGUGUUGCGCACCUCUUCCGACACCUUCCCCAGUCCACAUCCUCCACCUACGCCACCGCUCUCACUGGUAUAGCUAACCCGAUCUCCCGUACGACCACCAUCUUUGUUGUUGCUGUUCCGAGUGGUUUAUCAGCCCUUGAUUUCCUCCUCUUUUGCGGGUCCCAUGUCGACCAAUUCACAGGAAUCCUCUUUCUUAGGAAUGAUGUAAUGGAAGAUAGAUAUAGUGUAUUGAUAACAUUGGUGAAUCAAUUAGCUGCAGAUGGAUUCUAUUGUAAUUACAAUGGUAAAAGGUUCAAGGCCACUGAGCACGAGGCUUGCCACAUUUAUUUUACUCAAUCAGUGGAAUUCACUGAAUCAGCAGAAAUAGCCUGCAUACCUCCACCGGGUUAUACUGAAUUACCCACUUGUCCAGUUUGUCUUGAAAGACUGGACCAAGAUACAAGCGGAAUACAGGCUACACUUUGUGACCAUUCAUUUCAGUGUUCUUGUGUUUCAAAGAGAACAUUUUCUUCAUGCGAGGUAUGCCGACUUUGUCAGCAGCAGGAUGAGAGACUAACCUGUUCUGUUUGUGAAACACCAAAAAACCUUUGGGUCUGCAUGAUUUGUGGCUUUGUUGGAUGUGGAAGGUAUGUAGAGAGGCAUGCCAUUAGACACUGGAGUGAUACACAACAUCAAUAUUCUCUGGAGUUAGAGACGCAGCAAAUCUGGGAUUAUGUAGGAGACAAAUAUGUUCACCGUUUAAAUCAAUCAAAAACCGAUGGCAAGCCAACUGCUAUGACUUCUUCAUGUCCUGCAUCUGAUAGUGAAUGUGGUGUUUUUCGGUAUGAUGAUGAGGACCCGGGAGGUCUCAGUGGUGCCCUUUACAGCAGCAAAGUUGAAGCGGUUGUGGAUGAGUAUAACCGCCUACUUGCCAGCCAGCUAGAGACUCAAAGACAGCAUUAUGAAUCUUUACUAGCUGCGGCAAGAAGUGGAAGGGAAAUCUCAGUAUCCAAAUCGGUGGCUAAGGCACUAUUUUCAAAAACACACGACUUACAAUUUAGAAUUGAAAAGUGUGAGGAGGAGAAGAAGGCCGUUACAGAUAGAAACCAAGAACUUAUGAUAAAACAAGAACUUCUGCAGCAGAACUAUAAAGAAGUAGAGAAAAGGGAAAUACUGUUAUUGAAGUCGAAGGAUGAGAAUAUACAGGAGCUUAAAGAACAGAUCAGAGAUAUAAAAGUCUACAUUGAAGCCCAGAGAAGGCUUGCUAAGAUGGGAGUUUCAGAUGGAAAGGAAGGUACAGUUUUAUCUGUAGAAUCUAAUCAGUCAUCUUCAGGCGGUACUAGAAGGAGAACCAAGCAAGGGAGGAGACGAUGAUGACCAUUUUAAACCUCUGUUUGUAGUAGCAUUGAGUCUAAGUGGAGGCGGCCUGUUCUGCGCCCGACAUGUUUUAAUUUAAAAGCAUUUUACAGGGUAUAUAUUUUUAAUUGAGUCCAGUUUGUAUAUAUUUUUGUCUUUCAUUGUGUGUUUCAUUAACAUGGCUUCAUGACAAGCAAGAAAGGUAGUCAAAAGCUCGUGAUGGUUAUAGCCAGCUUGGUUUUCUGGUUGAUUCGAUUGAACCACUUUAGGCCCUUUAUCACAGAUUUUUAUUGUUAUGAUAAUUCGAGAGUAACAUUUAAAUGUUCACUACCUGAUAGGUUUUCUGGUUGAUUCGAUUGAAGUCAUUGAACCACUUUAGGCCCUUUAUCACAGAUUUUUAUUGUUAUGAUA